AUGACUGCAGUAACACUUUCAAUUUAUACGCAGACUGCUGGUGAGUGCAACCACAGUUGCCAUGAUGGCACCGUUCAGGGCAACCUUGAGGGGGGUGCUUACUCAUUGGUGUUUAUCGUGGGAUUCCUUGUCAAUGCUGCAGCUAUGUACGCCUUCAUUGCCAAACGGGGCCUCCGGAGUGAUACCGACGUCUACAUGUUCAACCUGGUUAUAGCUGAUUCUGCCCUCAUCUUAUUCCUUCCCUUCAGGAUCUAUGAUGCUUUCUUCUGCCUGAAGAUGUAUCGCUUGUGUACUUUCCUCAUAUCCGUACAUUACAUCAACAUGUAUGCCAGCAUCCUGACCACUACAGCCAUCAGCGUCCAGCGCUACCUGGCUAUAAGGUUUCCACUGCAGGCCAGAUCAUGGAGAAAGAAGAAACAGGCAGCUAUUUUUGUAUGUUUGGUCAUUUGGGGAUUAUUGGUGUGCAUAGCUGUAGGAUUCACAAAAACCUUUAAGCCUAACAAUCUCUGGAUGUGCUAUGAAAGAUGUCCGUGCAAGCCACUUCCUACAACACAUAUUGUUCUUAUUAUGUCUCUGGGCUACCUUUCCCCACUGAUGAUCAUUGUGUUCUGUUCCAGUCAGAUCAUCUUUACUUUGCUCAAGACGGAUGAAAUGACAGUAGAAAUGAAAAGCACAGUUGCCAUAGUAACAGCAAACAUGAUUGUGUUCAUUGUCUGCUACACACCGUUCCAUGUUGCCAUUCUUGUGAAAUACUUAAACCAUCCAGACAACACGUAUCAGCAUCAAAAUGAUCCUUAUCAAACAUUUUUAGCUGUGUCUGAAUCGCUUGCUGCCACAAACUGCUGUUUUGAUUCCAUCAGCUAUUAUUUUUUACUGAAACGGUUUUAUACACACACCAAACGGAGUGGAGGAACUUCCGCCACGCAAGACAGCAGCUUAGAGAUGGCUCAAAAUAAUAAUUAA